UUGGACGUUGGGACGAGAAGGAGGGAUUUCAGGCCGUGAAUCAAACCAGGCCUUGAAGGGCUGAUGACAGUUUUCUCAGAAAUGACAGAUAUAGUUGACUUGGAAUCUGUCCUGGAGAGAAACACUCGCCCUCUUGUGUCGUGAAGGCUAAAUGUUUGUUCAAACAGAUGUAGUCGUCAUCGUCACAUUUUUAGUUUAACGUCGUUGUAGUCUUGUCGAGUAGAGUCUGACUUAAAGCUCUAUCAUGACUGAGUCAAUUAAACCGCAUAGAAUGGUGUUAUCGCACGAGAAUGACAAUCUCCUGCUUGUUCAAGCAUGUCUCCAGACGAUUAUACUGGGCCUGUCCACCCUGGACGUCGGCUUUGUUUACGGCUUUCUUGGAAUCGGUUGUUGCCGUCGACUCGUUCACAUGAGAAAGUCUCAUGAACAUCUAUCCCUGACUCCUUUAGUCUCUACCGUCCCACCGCCAGAAAGUUGAGGCCUACUUGUCUAGGAAGUAAACAGUGGCUAAGAUAUGGGUUAUCUUCGACCAUGAUUUGAAACGCCACCGUUUAUCUACGCUGGAAUAGGGGUCGUCAGGUGAGCACCAACCCCUUUUCCGCCCAACUGUCGGGAACUAUUUGGCGUAGUAACAAAUCGAAAAGAUGGACAAGCGCGCUGGUCAACUCGAUCGGCGCACUCUAGUGGUAAUGAGUCAGUCAAGAUCUGGAUUGUCCUACAAUCACAACCAAUUAUUAUGGGCUACACAUAUCUGUUGCUUCAAAUGGGUCCGGAUCGGGAGCAUCCUUCCCCCGGGAAUAAAGCUCCUGAAGAAUCUUUGAGUCACAAGGAGAUAAAUAAGCCUUGGGAGACGGGAUCUUGUGUUUGGUUUAGGAUGGUGGCUCACCGGGUGUCACAUUCUUCAGUGUUCAAAUACUUGCUAUUGCUGACCCUCACUUUGAACACUUCGUUUACGGUUCUACUAUUGAGAGCGUCCAAGUUUUCGGUGGGAAAUGAUGGGCGAAUCUACCAGAGUUCCACAGCCAUCUUCAUGGCUGAAGCUGUCAAAUUUCUCACCUGUUUCUCCGUUCUGACUUGGAAAGAGGGUUUGAUGCCCAGUUUCUGGCACUUCUACUCCGAGGUAAUCCUCAAGUGGCGGGAAACGGCCAAACUGCUUAUCCCCGCAUCUUUAUACAUGGUCCAGAACAAUUUACUCUUCAUCGCCGUCCAAUAUGUUGACCCAGCCACCUACCAGAUCACCUAUCAAAUGAAGAUCCUCACCACAGCUCUGUGUAUGGCAUGCAUGCUCAAAAAGCGUCUCAGAGGCAACCAAUGGAUUGCCCUCGUCAUUCUCACCCUGGGCGUGGCUUUGGUGCAAUUAGAGAAUCUCCAUGGUGGAAAAAGUUCACCCUCAUUGAACCUGGAGUCUUCUGGCGUGGACAACAAUGCCGGAACCGUAUACGGUCUGAUUUUCAUUGGCAUCGCUUGCUUCUCAUCCGGAAUAUCCGGCGUCUACUACGAGAAACUUGUCAAGACUGGCGCUCAACAAUCCGUCAUCACAAGAAACUUACAACUGACAUUCCUGUCUCUUCCGCUCACUUUUUUGGCUGUGUUUGCGUCUCAAGACACUCGUUCCGACAUCAAAGAAUUCGGAUUCUUCCAAGGGUACGGUCCCUUGACUUGGAUUGUGAUACUUUUUCAGGCUCUAGGUGGGUUGUUGGUGGCCGUGGUGGUCAAAUACACGGAUAACAUUCUCAAGGGCUUCGCCACCUCGGUUUCCAUCGUGAUUUGCACCGUGUUCUCUCUUUUGACGGAGGACAACAUGACGGUGGGACCCAAGUUUCUCAUUGGAACCACGCUGGUCAUUUCAUCCUCGAUCAUGUACAACGCAGCUGGAAUGGCGGCCGCCGAGGCUGAAAACUCGCCAAAGCUUCUUCCUUUCAGUCAGAAUAGAGAGCCGCCCAACGGACAUUGAUUCGAUCGCGCAACCUCGAUUUCAUCGUGCCAUAAAUGUUAAAAAUGUCAUCAAAAAUCCCGCAAUUGCUUAGAAUACUAAAACGAAUGAAA